AGGAACUGUUCAGUUUUGCAAGCUUCUUUCACUGGUUCAGAAGCAACUCUGUGGUCGUUGGUGGUUGAAAAUUUAAUCUUGGAUUUGUGAUUCCUGUCUACAGCCUGCUGCACUCGAACGCGAUGAUAGGAUUAUCAUUAUUAAUCGGCUCCGUAUGGACUAUAAUUAUUUUGCUGACUGGGAUACAAAGCCGUAAAAAGUUUACUUUCAACACAGAAAGAGUAUAGAUAACUCAUUUGUACAAUUCAAUUCAAGAAAAUGUUCCUUGUACAACACCUGCCCCUAGUCCUAAACUUGCAAAAUACAUAACACGGGCAGCUUGCGCACUUCCCGGCGUCGAACGCAGCAUCUGCUGCGAACCACAGGAAGUAUCUCCAUGUUCUACUGCCGAGCAAAACCUGUUAUCUCAGGAUUGCGGAAAGACCGUUUUUGAUAGGGUAGCGCACGGAAACGUCACGCUCGUAUUUACCUAUCCUUGGAUGGCCGUUGUGCGGUACAAUGAAGGCGGCAGAAUUUUCGAUGGGUGCGGAGGGUCUUUGAUAAACGAACGAUAUGUUUUAACGGCCGCUCACUGCAUCAAACCGAGGAGCAGUCGAAAGCUGCACAGCGUUAUUUUAGGAGAACACACCAAAGGACAGGAAGUAGAUUGCGAGGUAUACUAUCUUGGAGAUACGGUGGACAGAGAUUGUGCAGACACGGUUGAAGAAUACUCUAUUGAAUCGUCCGAGUUUCAUAGCGACUACAAUCGACCCAAGUACAACAAUGACAUAGGACUGAUUCGUUUAGAUAGAAAUGUAAUCAUGAAAGAUCACAUUCAACCCAUCUGCUUACCGGUCACGGCCGACCUCCAAAAGCAAAUCUUCGAUAAGUACAUUCUAACUGGUUGGGGAACUACGGAAAAUGGAACCGCAUCAGAUAUACUGCUCAAAGCAUUCUUACCCCGCGUAGAUAACAGAGAUUGUCAACAGAUAUUGACACGGAAGCGGUUGAAUAUUCAGCUUGGCAGUAAACAGAUGUGUGCCGGAGGCAAAGGUUUGGUGGACGCGUGCAAAGGUGACUCCGGUGGACCCCUAGGGACAUUUGCCAACCACCAAGGAACUAGGUUCGUGCAAUACGGCAUUGUCACCACCGGGAUAGGUUCAUGCGGGCAAAAUAGCGUUCCUGGCGUGUACAGCCGAGUAGCUGAUUACAUGGACUGGAUACUAGAGAAGAUGCAGCCCAAUUGUUAAGUGUGAUGUUUUGAAUAAUUUUAAUGGGAUAACGAUAAAUCAAUUUAAUAAAAAAUACUCGAUAAAUGGUUUUCGAAAUUGACUUUUAUCAGAA